AUGGCAAAGAAGCAUGGUUUAACUCCAGUUCAGCUAGCCCUGGGAUUCGUUCGAGACCGUCCUUUCGUGACAAGUUCUAUUGUGGGUGCGACCUCUGUUGCCCAACUCAAAGAAAACAUUAAUGCUUUUAUCACCACAGAGAGGCCUUUAUCGCCAGAAGUAGAGGCAGAUUUCGAGAGCAUAUUCAAGAGAUACAAAGAUCCUGCUAUCCUCUGA